AUGUCGCGCAUUGUGUUUGUGGGUGGUGGAGCUCGAAUUCCUGGAUUACGACAGAGGAUCCUUCAAGAAGUGUCUUCUCUGAUAGAACGAUAUGGGUGGAGUUCGAUUCGAGGCAAAGCCGUCGAACGACAACGCCAACGAAUGGAGGACCUGCGGAUCUCGUCUCAGACUAAUGGGCAGAAGCCGAAGCCCACUAGCGAAAAUGGAGAGACUCCUGCCAAAGACGAGAAGACCGAUCCGUCUCAGGAAGUGCCAGAGAUUGAUUUUGUGGAACAAAAGCUGCACCGACAGAAUAAAGACAUACCUGUUCCCAUACAAGGAGUCCUACGAGAAGUUGAAUCUCUUGGCGCAUGGGCUGGAGCUAGUCUAGUAACUAGCUUGAAGUUACGUGGGAUGGUCGAGAUCGAGCGAGAGAAGUUUCUGCAGCAUGGGCUUGCUGGUGCGACUCGCGACUCGGAACCCUCAGUCCCAGAUCGCCGAUCGGGCUUGAGAGCCGGUGAUCGAUCUAGCUGGACCCUGGCUGGCUGGGCAUGA